AUGAAAACAAAUAUCAGCGAAAAUUCGCCUAAAGUUAACUCACUUUUUUAAGUAGUCUUGAUGAAUGUGAAUAUCUAACUAGGAGCCUUAAAUAUUGGGUACGUUCUCUCCUAUUUAACACUUACUAUUGACACACUUUUCGAUAAUUUGUAUGUUUUUUGAUUUAAAUAUAAAGGGGUAUAACAAAGGAAGAAAGAACAAGCUCUUUGAGUGUAAUAAAUGGAAUUUUGCCUUUAGGAUGUGUUGUGGGUGUAAUUAUUGGGUAUUUUCUCAAAAGAAAAUUUACUAACAAACAAUGUAUUCAUAUUGCUGAUCUAAUUGGAUUAUCAAGCCUCUUGGCUGUAAUAGCCAACACAAAUGUAGUAAUUGUGUUUCGUUUUUUUCUUGGAGUUGCAAAUGGCAUCUCCAGUUUAAUUAUGCCUGUCUAUGUAAAGUCCUUGUGUCCUGAAAAAUAUUAUUACUAAAUUAGUAUGAUUUUGGGAUAUGGAGUGAAUACAGGCUUGGCAAUUGGAUAAUUAAUGGGUAUUGGAUAUAUAAAGUAAUGUAUAAUUUAUAAUUAUAGGUAUCAUGGUGAAACAUCGAACUGGUGGAGGAUUGUGUUUUUGUUUCCAGCCAUAAUCUUUAUAAUCAGAUCUACCGUGAUUUAUUUUUGUUACAAUUAUGACAGCCCAGAGUAAUCAUUGUAAAGAAACGAUGUAGAACAUGCAAAAUACGUAAAUAAUCAAUAAUAAUUAAAAAGGUUAUUAAAUAAAUAUAUAAGGAAGAAUAUUUAGAGGCCUAAUUGGACCGAUACAGAUAAAUAGCUUAAAAUGAAUAGUUUAAAACUUAGAAUUCCUUUUUGCAUAUAUUUUAGAAAAAGAACCUUAUAGGAUUACAAGUUGGUGUGAUAUCAGUAAAUGAAUUUGCUAUAUAUUUAGAUGUUUGUGUAAAUUUGGUGUGGCUCAUUUGCUGUGUUUUAUUAUAGUGCUUAAAUUUUUGAGUAAUUAUCAGGUGGAGAUUUGGUAUUGAAGACAAUUUAUACCAUCUGUAUUGGUCUAUUUAGUGCUGCAGCUUAAUUCACAACCAUUCCGAUGUUGCCACGUCUAGGCCAAAAAUAUAUUUUGAGUAUAAUAGUCUUAUAUCAAAAUAGUCAUAGGAUCAGUUUUGAUGGGGGCCAUAAACAUCACCAUAGCAGUUUUAUCGAAUUAUCAAAGUGAUACAAUACUAUUCCUGAUUUUUGUCUUUUUGGUGCUCUUAAUUAUGGUAUUUGCUGCUACAUUGAGUCCAGUGUGUUGGGUAAGCAAAUUUUUUUAUAGCUUAGGGAAUUGUACCCUAAUUAAACGAUAGUGAUGGAACCUUCUUUACUAUGGAUUUGAGAUGGAUAUUCUAAGCCAUUUUAAUAUUCUCCUUUCCCUACAUCGUUUAAGGUGUUAAUAUUUCAGGAGCAUUUUAUAUUUUCGGAGGCAUAGAUCUCUUUUAUACUAUUUAUUGUGGAUUUUUUAUUCUUGAUAGCAGAGGGAAAACAGGAGCUUAAAUUUUAGAAAUGUAUUUUGAAAAGUACUCUAAGUUUUUGGUAUUGCCAUAAACAGAAACCAAUCCAUGAAACUAUU